AUGCUGCCAAUACUAAUAAUUGGUCCUCCAGAUGAAAGAUUAAAAUCACCUCUGGAUAUUUGCAAGGAAUUGCUGCAAGCUGAAGGCCUCAAAGCCAAGAUAGCAACCUGGUUGAGUAUUGCUGAACCUGAAAAUCUGGAUCUUGAGAUACAAGGUGCCCGUAAAAUUAAAGCAAAAGAGUAUUACAAUACGAAAGCAAGCGCAAUAGCCACCUACGUCAAAGCAAGACCCAGUCAAACAAUCAUAAUAACUAUGCCAGAUCCCAGUACAAGCACUACCAGCAUUCCAAACUCUAAAUCAAGUUCAUAUAAAUCAUAUAAUACAGCCUGUUUAGAUCCUUCUCUGGCCCAGAGAUGCAAACCACAUGAAACUAAAGUACGAGCCCUAGGAAGAAUCACUAAUCUUAAGUUGGAUUUUGAGAAUAUUGUGAUACUAAUUACAUUUCAGGGCGAAGUUCUACUGGUUCUGUCACUUAUAUUUGUUGAACUAGAAGUACUAGAAGAAUUAGAAGACCUGGGUCUCUUCGAUAACUUCGAAUUCGAGGAUGAGAUUUUGAAAGAAGCUGAAGAAUACCUGGCUAAGCAAUGUAAUAAAUUGGAAUUAUAUGAAAACCUCUAG